GCUGCUCAGGGAUGGCCGGUGCGGGUGGGGAAGGGGAGGCAGCAGCGCUGCGGGCGGUGCGAAGGUGCCUGGUGGCGUUCCCGGCGGAGGCCCGGGAGUUGGGACUGAUGGAAUCAGUGCCAUACCUAGAUAGCCUUCUGUCUCCGCUGGAAUUUUAUCGGGAAUGGGUGUGUCCAAACAAGCCAUGUAUAAUUCGGAAUGCCUUUGAUCACUGGCCAGCUCUGAAGAAGUGGACGUUAACUUAUCUCAGGAAGGUAGCAGGCUCCAAGAUGGUGAGUGUGGCAGUGACACCAAAUGGUUAUGCCGAUGCUGUUUAUCAGGACCGGUUUGUCAUGCCAGAGGAGCGGCACAUGCUUUUCAGCAACUUCCUGGACAUUGUGGAGAAGAAAGUGAUCUCUCCAAGUGUGUUCUAUGUGCAGAAACAGUGUUCAAACCUGACUGAGGAGUUCCCUGAACUUUUAGGUGAUGUGGAGCCUGAAGUACCGUGGAUGAGUGAGGCACUUGGAAAGAAGCCCGAUGCUGUGAAUUUCUGGCUUGGCGAGUCUGCUGCUGUGACAUCCUUACAUAAAGAUCACUACGAGAACUUGUACUGUGUGAUUUCUGGCGAGAAACAUUUUCUGCUGCAUCCACCAAGUGACCGCCCCUUCAUCCCCUACGAACUCUACCUUCCUGCAACAUAUUGCAUAUCAGAAGAUGGUUCGUUUCAGGUUGUGGAUGAGAAGGCUGCAGACAAGGUGCCAUGGAUUCCGCUGGAUCCUUUAAAUCCAGAUCUUGAACAAUACCCAGAGUAUGCCCAGGCAAGGCCUUUGCGGUGCACAGUGAAAGCUGGUGAGAUGUUGUACCUCCCUUCCCUCUGGUUUCAUCAUGUUCAGCAGUCACAUGGUUGUAUAGCAGUGAAUUAUUGGUAUGACAUGGAAUAUGACCUGAAGUACAGCUACUAUCAACUUCUAGAUUCUCUCACAAAAGCUGUGACACUGGUGUAGCUGAGACUGGGGACUCAGUCAUAAACCUUUCUGAUGUGACUGAGUUAUAUGCGUCUGCCUGGAGUACAAAUAUGCUUGAGUCAGAACUACUAAACAUUAAAUUAUCCUCAACAAAUGUCUGUCAGAGGAUAUUUGUCUUGCUUGCCUUUGGAGAUGGUAUCAUGCAGUCGUUCAGUGAAAUUCCAGGCCAAAUGGCUAUCUUUUUUUGGCUUGACAGGAGAGAGCUUGUUGACAAUAUUUCAAAGCCUUCAUGCUUAGCCUCAGAUGCCUCAAGGAAGGCAGAAUUUUAGUGGAGCCACUGCAGGUUUUGGAAACCUCAAAAAUGUAAACCAUGUGUGUUCCUUUCCAUUUGCUAGACUCUUUAGAGCAGUGGUUUUCAAACUGUGGGUCGCAACCCAGUACUGGGUCACGGAAUGUAAGUCAGUGGGUCGCAGCGGCUCUGGUCAGCACCGCUGACCGGGCUGUUAAGUCCCAUUGGAGGUGCUGCCCGGCUAAGGCAGGCUACUCCCUACCUGUCCCAACACCGCGCUGUGCCCCAGAAGUGGCCAGCAGCAGGUCCGGCUCCUAGGCAGGGAGGGGGGCAUGGGUACUCCAUGUGCUGCCCGAGCACCGGCUCCGCACUCCCAUUGGCUGGUAAUCGGCUAAUGGGAACUUGUGGGGGGAGGCGGCGGUGGUGCCUGCGGGCAAGAGCCACGUGGAGCCGAUUGUGCACCUCCACCUAAGAGCCGGACCUGCUGCUGGCCACUUCCAGCAUGCAGCGCAGUCUGCGGUGCCAGGACAGGUGGGAAGCCUGUCUCUGCUUCCCAGCUGCACCACUCACUGGGACUCGCUGGAGGUAAGCCUGUGCCCCAGUUCCCAGCCCUGAGCCCCACUCAAACCUGGAGCCCCCUCCUGCACUCCAAACCCCUCAUGCCUGGCUCCACCCCAGAGCCUUCACCCCCAGACCAGAGCUCCCUCCCACACCUUAACCCCUCAUCCCCAGCUCCAUUGGGUUGCGGGCAUCAACAAUUUUCUUCAACUGGGUCACCAAAAAAAAAGUUUGAAAACCACUGCUUUAGAGAACAUGCAAAGCUGUAGCCACAGAUCUGUCUGAUAACUGGCAAAAUAAUGAGGCAAAACCAGCUCUGCAGUAACAAUGUAAUCAUCAGCCCAUGACUCCCAUUCCUUAUGAGACAACAAUACUUUGAGUUUUAAUUCACUGUGUUCAGUGGCUGUGUGUAAUGCUCUGAGAAUUCAGAAUACAAAUUGUGC